AUAAAGGGCAAGUCAUAAACACCGCAGGUCCCAGUCGGGAACAUGACUCCUCUGCUGGUCUUGGUGCUGUGCGUGGCUGCAGUAGCCUAUGGGCAAGAAUGUGGCGUUCCUACUUACCCACCCGUUGAAUCCCGAGUGGUCAAUGGGCAAGAGGUUGCUCCACACAGUUGGCCCUGGCAGGUGUCCCUGCAGUACAUUUAUGAUGGAUACUGGUAUCACACGUGUGGGGGGAGCCUCAUUGCACCCAACUGGGUUCUAACUGCCGCUCACUGUAUCAGCUCAGAGAAUACUUACAGGGUGCAACUUGGGAAACACAACCUCCAACAGUUUAACGAUGGGCAGGAAACUAUCGGCGUCAUUGGACUUUUUAACCAUCCUCAGUGGAACCCAAACAACUUGGCCAAUGGAUUUGAUAUCUCACUCCUCAAACUGGAAAGAGAGGUGGAUUACAGUGACACCAUCAAGCCUGGCUGUUUGCCCCCCGCUGGGUACAUCCUUCCCAACCAAUUUGGCUGCUAUGUAACAGGCUGGGGGUAUUUGCAGACGGAAGGGCCUCCAUCAGCGACGCUGCAACAGGGGCUGUUAAAGAUAGUGGAUUAUGCAACCUGUCGCCGGUUGGACUGGUGGUUUAUAAACGUAAAGACCAGUAUGAUCUGCGCCGGUGGGGACGGCAACGUGGCGAGUUGCUAUGGGGACUCUGGGGGGCCGCUCAACUGCAAGAACGCUGACGGAGUUUGGGAGGUCCACGGGGUGGUCAGUUUCGGCUCAGCCUCGGGGUGCAAUAUUAACAAGAAGCCCUCGGUCUUCACUCGCGUCUCCGAUUACAACAGCUGGAUAGACCAGAUUAUGGUCAACAACUAAGACACUAAUGAGAGCCCCCCCGGAGCCCCCCUUUCCCCGGCGUCGUAGAAGAUUGUAACUUCCAACUGUUUGAUAUUAAUUGUAUAGAAGUGUAAGGGGGCAGGAUACCAUCUGUGGUUAAUAAACAACACGGGGCCAUUAGUUAUGUAAUGUAGAAACAAGCUCUUAAUUUAAGAAAAAAAAAUUGCUUUGUCUGUCAUCAAUAAAACAAAUAUGACUGUU